GAGAGAAACAGAGCAACGAAAAAGUACAGAGCUUUUUUUUUUUUUAAAAUAAAAAAAAAAUCUUUUUUCCUGCGCCAAUCUUCUUCUUCUCCUUCUUUACCAUCUCCAUGAGAGAGUAGUAGCUUCGUUCUAAGAAGGGAAACUACACGCCGUUUUCAGAAUGGCACAGAAGAUUCAGCAGCAGCUCAAGGAGGUGGGAUCCAAGCUCGAGACCCUUCCGUCCUCCAAGGAUGCCGUCCUCAAGCUCUUAAAGCAAGCUGCUACAUGUCUUUCAGAGCUUGAUCAGUCACCACCAUCAACAGUAUUAGAAUCAAUGAAGCCUUUUCUUAAUGCCAUUGUCAAGCCUGAAUUGUUGAAGCAUCAAGAUAAGGAUGCUAAGCUUCUUGUUGCUACCUGUAUAUGUGAGAUAACUCGCAUCACUGCACCAGAAGCUCCUUACAGUGAUGAUGUUUUAAAGGAUGUUUUCCACUUGAUUGUUGGCACUUUCAGCGGUUUGAGUGAUACCAGUGGUCCAUCAUUUGGGAGGAGGGUUGGCAUCUUGGAGACUCUUGCAAAAUAUAGGUCAUGUGUGGUGAUGUUGGAUCUUGAAUGUGAUAAUCUGGUGAAUGAAAUGUUCAGUACGUUUUUUGCUGUUGCCAGUACGUUUUUUGCUGUUGCCAGUGAUGAUCAUCCAGAAAGUGUUUUAUCAUCCAUGCAAACUAUCAUGAUUGUUGUGCUGGAAGAAAGUGAGGAUGUCCGGGAUGAUCUUUUAAAUAUCAUACUAUCUACAUUAGGUCGUAAUAGAAGUGAUGUUACUAAGGCUGCAAGGAGACUUGCCAUGGAUGUCAUAGAGCACUGUACAGGAAAACUUGAAGCUGGCAUAAAACAGUUUCUUAUAUCAUCAAUAUCUGGAGAUAAUCUUUCAUCAUAUAAUCAAAUCGACUACCAUGAAGUCAUUUAUGACGUUUAUUGUUGUGCUCCUCAGAUACUAGCAGGAGUUGUUCCAUACCUCACGGGAGAGCUAUUGACUGAUCAGUUAGAUACACGUUUGAAAGCAGUGAAAUUGGUUGGAGACUUAUUUGCUCUACCAGCCUCUGCAAUGUCUGAAACAUUUCAGCCGGUUUUCUCUGAAUUUCUAAAAAGGUUGACUGAUAGAGUAGUUGGGGUUAGAAUGUCUGUCCUUGAGCAUGUUAAGAGCUGCUUGCUGUCAGAUCCUUCCAGAGCUGAGGCUCCUGAAAUUAUAUCUGCCCUCUGUGACCGACUGUUGGACUAUGAUGAAAAUGUUAGAAAGCAAGUUGUGGCUGUAAUCUGUGAUGUGGCUUGUCAUGCCCCUGAUUCUGCACCAGUUGAGACUAUAAGACUAGUUGCAGAGCGUCUUCGUGACAAAUCAUUACUUGUUAAAAAAUAUACUGUUGAAAGACUGGCCGAGAUAUUCAGAGUUUAUUGUGCAAGGUGUUCUGAUGGUUCAAUUGAACCCAAGGAAUUUGAUUGGAUACCCGGGAAGAUUUUGAGAUGUCUUUAUGACAAAGAUUUUAGAUCAGACACAAUUGAAUCUAUCCUGUGUGGGUCUUUGUUCCCAACUGAGUUCUCAAUUGGAGAUAAGGUUAAAUGUUGGGUAAGAAUUUUUUCACUCUUUGACAAAGUUGAGGUGAAGGCUCUUGAGAGGAUACUGGAGCAGAAGCAAAGGUUGCAGCAGGAGAUGCAGAGGUACCUAGCUCUCAGGCUUACGCAUCAGGAUGGUGAUGCUCCUGAGAGACUGAAGAAAAUCUUGUUCUGCUUCCGUGUAAUGUCCCGCUCGUUUUCUGAACCUACGAAGGCUGAAGAGAGUUUCCAGGUUCUUGAUCAAUUGAAAGAUGCUAACAUCUGGAAGAUUUUAACAAAUCUACUUGAUCCAAAAAUCAGCUUCAGUCAAGCUUGUAGCAGUCGGGAUGAGUUGCUCAGAAUACUUGGUGAGAAGCAUCGACUCUAUGAAUUUUUGAGCAGUCUGUCUCUGAAGUGCUCUUAUCUACUUUUCAACAAGGAGCAUGUGAAAGAAAUUCUUGCGGAGGCUUCAGUGCAAAAGUCUGCUGGAAGUUCACAUUACACUCAAACUUGCAUGGACAUACUUGUGAUGCUCGCACGCUUUAGUCCAUUGCUUCUUGGUGGAUCCGAAGAAGAACUGGUAAAUUUUCUCAAAGAUGACAAUGAAAUAAUAAAAGAAGGUACUUUGCAUGUUUUGGCAAAGGCUGGUGGUACAAUCCGAGAACAACUUUCAGUAGCAUCAAGCUCAAUUGAUCUGAUGUUAGAGAAGCUUUGCUUAGAAGGUAGUCGGAAACAGGCUAAGUAUGCCGUACAUGCACUAGCAGCAAUAACAAAGGAUGAUGGGCUGAAGUCCCUUUCUGUUCUAUACAAGAGGCUUGUGGAUAUGCUGGAGGAGAAGACAUAUUUGCCAGCUGUACUACAAUCUUUGGGGUGUAUAGCACAGAGUGCCAUGCCUGUUUUUGAAACCAGAGAGAGUGAAAUCCAAGAAUUUAUUAAAAACAAUAUUCUAAGAUGCAAUAAUAAAGCAGAAGACAAGGCAAAAGAAUGUUGGGAUGACAGAAGUGAAGUUUGUCUACUGAAGAUAUUUGGAAUAAAGACAUUGGUCAAAAGCUACUUGCCUGUCAAAGAUGCUCAUCUUCGUCCUGGUAUUGAUGAACUCCUAGAACUCCUCAGAAGCAUACUUUCUUUUGGUGAGAUAUCAGAAGAAAUAGAAUCAAGCGCUGUUGAUAAGGCCCAUUUGAGGCUUGCUGCAGCCAAGGCAGUUCUUCGUCUGGCAAAGAACUGGGAUCACAAAAUCCCUCUAGAUGUCUUUCACUUAACCUUGAAGAUACCGGAGAUCUCUUUUCCUCAAGCUAAGAAAUUAUUUCUCAGCAAAGUUCAUCAGUAUAUAAAGGAUCGGCUCUUGGAUGCAAAAUAUGCCUGUGCUUUCUUAUUUAGCAUAACCGAGGGCAAGCCGCUUCAGUGUGAAGAGGAAAAACAGAACUUAGCCGACAUCAUUCAAAUGUAUCAGCAGACAAAGGCACGGCAAAUUUCUUUACAAUCAGAUGCAAAUUCUUCCUCAGCAUAUCCAGAGUACAUCCUCCCUUAUUUGGUACAUACUCUUGCUCAUCAUUCAUGUCCGGACAUAGAUGAGUGCAAGGAUGUCAAAGCAUUUGAAUUAAUAUAUCGGCAAUUGUACUUGAUUAUUUCUAUGCUGGUGCAUAAAGAUGAAGACACGAACUCAGAAGGUAGUACCAACAGAGAGAAGGAGAUUAUAUCUGCAGUAAGUUCUAUCUUUCAGAACAUUAAGUGCUCAGAAGAUGCAGUUGAUGCCAAAAAGUCAAAGAAUUCGCAUGCUAUCUGUGACCUUGGUCUCUCUGUAACUAAGCGAUUGGCGCAUAAGGAGGAUGAUUUGCACAGCCUGAUUCAACUAGUCUCUCUGCCCCUGAUGCUCUACAAACUAUAUGAGAAGGAAGAGGGUGGUGAUUCUAUGGCUAAGGAGGGGCAAACAUGGUUGGCUGAUGAAAGUGUUGUAUCUCACUUUGAAUCACUGAAGUUGGAAAGUGAUGACAAGGAUCAUUCAGAGAUUCUUGAGAGUGAGGCUUUCAAAGACAGUGAUGGAGAUGGAAAUGAAGUGCCCAUUGGGAAAAUUAUAAAACAUAUAAAAUCUCAAGGAACCAAGGAUGGAAAGGCAAAAAAGAAGAAGUCUCUAUCAGCAGGAACAAAAAAUGCUAACAAUGAUGUUGACAUUUUGAAAGUGGUGAGGGAAAUAAACUUGGAUAGUCUGGGUGUAUCUAGUAAGUUUGAAUCAAGCAACGGUCAUGAACAUUUUCCAAGAAAGAAAGCUAAAUUUGGGCAGGAGCAUCAGGGUAAGAACAUUUUCCCAGUGCCUAAACGGCGCCGUUCAUCAUCCACUCGUAGUCCUUCCAAAGUUUCAAGAAGUGCUUUGAAGGUUACUUCAAUAGUUUCUGCUAAAUUGGAUGAGGAUGAUUUCCAUGAUUCAGAAAAUGAGGGAAAUACAAAGUCUAAGGUAUCAAGCUUUCAUAAGAAAAGAAGCAUCUCAUCAAGAACAAGAAGAGAUGACAAGGGCUCUGAUUCAGAUGAUGAUGCAAAUGAAUAUGAAACUGAUAAUGACAGUCUGGAGAAGUCUAACAUGCUGAUGGAGACGGAUAACGGUAAGACAAGUAAUAUAAAGUCUGCUGCUGGAUCGAACAAGAAGCGGAAAAGGAGGAGCGUUGCCGGAUUAGGGAAGUGCACAACAAAGGAGAGUGGCAUUGAUUUUGAAGACUUGAUUGGCUGCAGAAUAAAAGUCUGGUGGCCCAUGGACAAGCAGUUUUAUGAAGGCACUGUUAAGUCUUAUGACCCUUUAAAAAGGAAGCAUGUGAUAUUGUAUGAUGAUGGGGAUGUGGAGGUACUCCGUCUAGAUAGAGAGCGUUGGGAGCUCGUUGACAAGGUUCGCAAAACUGGAAAGAAGUCAGGUUCAUUGAAAGCCUCUUCUAAGGAAAUGCCUUCUGGUAAAAAAAGCAAGAAUUCAGGUGGUCCACGUCAAAAUAAGAACUCAAUGAAGAUAGUUAAAGGGAAAAGAACUCCAAAGAAAAACUUGAAGCGUGCUGCAAAAGGUGCAUCUAAAAGCAAGUUUACUCAUGUUGAUGAUAAAGGGAAUUCUGAUGAGUCAGAAACCAAGGUCACGGUUUCAAAUAAAGAUAAUACAAUGGACUCAGAUGAUUCUCAAGCGCACACAGAAACGGUGGAUGGGAAUCAAACAGAUAGAGAAGAAUCUAAUAAGGAAGUUGAUUCAGUUUCCCAAGAAAGACAUUCAGAAGAUACAAAGGAAAGCCCAAGUCAUAACGAGGAAUCAGAGGAAGUAAAAUCGGAUCCUGAUGGGAAAGUUGAUGAAGACAUUGAGAAUGUUCCAAAUGAUGAUGAAAAGGAUGAUGAGGAUGAUGAAGAGAAAUCUCACUUGGAAGAGAAAGUAGCAGAUGAAGUGAACGAAGAUGAAGCUAAUAAAGGAAAGAAGUCUGAAUCAGAGACGAAUCAAGCAAGUGAUACUGUUGAGAGUAAUAGUAAAGGGCAGAAGAAAUCACGUAAAGGAUCUUCAUUACCUUCUAAUGCUGCGGAUGCUGGAGUCUCUGAUGACGAGCCUCUUAGCAAAUGGAAGAGUAAAGUGGGGAAGUCAACCCCCAAGCGAGUAAGGUAGGCAGUUCAACAUCGAUACAACUCUUCCUCCUUAGAUUUGAGAAAAGUGCUGUGUCCAGAGCCAGAGCUAUCAGUCUCAUAGACAGUAGCAGAUGAAGACCAUUUGACCAUGUACAGACACUAAUAAAUGUCCGAACGGUUGCCCUUAGUCUCAGCAUAGAAUGUAAAAUAACUGUAGGCACUCCCACAUAUAAGGAACGCAGUGAUUGUAAGAACUUAGGGCAACUAAGUCUAGCCUAGGUCAUCUGUACUAUUGGUAGAUGGUAAGAUUGUAUUUUGUUGUAGUUCAUUGUCUAACCGCCACGACUUAUGAAUAGAUAGGGCAGGCAGGGCACAUGUAGAGUUAUAUUUUGGGAUAUAUGUUUAAUUUUGUUCAAACUUGAAACAUACAUUACGUUGAUUACGUUGCGACUUUUGUCUUGUGGGUUUGUUGAUGCCACUAUGAUUGCCAGCACAAACAGGCUUGAAAGCUAUAUGUGAAUGAAUUGUCAUCAUAUUG